AACAGAGAAACACUGUAGCCAUGGGAAAAGGAGCCUUGACAUGUUUGAUGAUUUUAGUCAUUGUCUUGAAUGCAAUCGCCGCUGCAGCUGGACUGGCAUUAUUCGCAGUGGCCAUUUGGGUAGCAGUGGAUGCGUAUAAACUCUACCCCAUAUCUGCUGUCUCAGGAAAAGAUGACAUCUUUGCUGCAGCCUGGAUUGCCAUUUUUACCGGCUUUGCUUUCUUCCUCACAUGCAUCUUUGGCAUCUUCGCUGCCCUGAAAAGGAGCCGUGUACUCAUUAUGGUGUACCUGAUCAUAAUGUUCAUCAUCUUUUUGUUCGAAAGCGCUUCCGCCAUCACAGCAGCGACCAACCGAGAUUAUCUGGUUGGGAACAGUAACCUUGUAAAGAAACAGAUGCUGCAAUAUUACGCAGAAAACAGCAUACAAGGGAAAGAUAUUACACAGACAUGGAACAGAGUGAUGGAACAGGCCGAGUGCUGUGGAACAGACGGUCCGACGGACUGGUUAGAAUUUAACUCUACUUUCAAACAGACAUUUUCCACAAUAUACCCCUUUUCCUGGCCGCCCAACUGCUGCAAGAGACUGAUUAACUUUGAUGUGGCAGAUCUAGAAGGCUGUACCGUUGGCAAGAGCAGCGCCAUGUACACAAAGGGAUGCUUCCAGUACAUUGAAUCCGUGUUAAGUCGUUACACCUGGGCUGUGAGCUGGUACGGUUUCGCAGUUCUCAUGUUUGUGUUUUUCACAUUAGUGAUCACCAUGAUCUACUACAUGCAGCUGGACUAAUUGUAGGAAUCUACAUGUGCCACACAGAUGCUUCCACUCAUGGCGUCAUAGAAAAAUACAGAUGAUUGCACAUAAUAAAUAAAAGUACCCUGCAGCAUU